GCGGGACUACAAUUACCAGGUUUCGUCACGGACCGAUAGUAAUUCAGAUUAGCGUAUUUAUUUUUAUUUAGCUACCGACUUUAGCAACGUUCGUAGUGCUUUACUGUGGUGAAGAAUUGUCGGCUGUGGGUUACAGAUGUGAAGUCUGGACACCAUGCUCCCCAUUUCCUGUUUUGUUGCGUUUCCUGGUAUGGGGAUGAGCUGCUCAGCUGUUUUUUAAGAGCAAAUCAGGCAUUGAAAUAAAUAGCUGGAUAGCUAGUUUGUCACAGCUUCGAUAACAGGGGAAAAGCUCGAUUUAAUUACAAAUUAUAUACUGAACAAACUCAACAGAAGACCCAGGGAUUUGUCGAAGAAUACUGUAAAAACAGACUGUUAAAAUGUCACUUUGAAUGGAAGGGCUGGACGAAGAUGUUUCCAAUUAGAAAAUUUGCUGCCAACAACUGUCCAAACUGGAGCUGGAUUUUUUAGCUAGCUAGUAAGCUAGCUAGUUACAUAGCUAAUCAUUGCAGCGAUUUUGCGACCUUAGAUCGCUCGAUGACAUUAGUCUGGUGUCUUAUUUAUUAGGGCACCAUGGAGGCAAAUGAUUGCAUAGAUUUUUAAACUGGAAAGGAAGAAAAUCUAUUUACCAUUACGCAGAAUAGCUGCUAGCUAGCCGUAUGAGUAUUAUACAUUAGCUAGUUAGCCAUCUUGCUAGCUAGCUGAAUGUGUUGGCUAGCUUGGUCGCUAAAUUAACGUUAGACAAUCGGAACAGGUACGGUAUUGAUAGAGUUAGAUGUUUAUUUUUCUAAAAAAAUCUUAUUGAUUUUUGCGUUAAGUUGAAUAACUACCUAGCUAGCUAGCUUGAUUGCUAGCUAGCUAGAUCGUUGCCUUCUUAGAUUUGAAGGGGCUGGUCAAUUUAACCUUGGCUUGGACUCUUGCUAGUGACACUGACAGUAUCGAUAGAAAAGGAAAUUGACAGCCAGGUAUUGACCUCUAUUGUAUGAACUGGUACGAUACUGAGUUAACUUGUUUGAUAGUUGUUCGUUUUAGUUGUCAGCUAUCUAAUACAAAGCGUGACUCAAUCGGUUAGCAUUGCUAGCUAGCUAGCUUGCUUGCUAAAUCGUUGUCUUUGUGGCAAAGCGGGCUGGCUAGCUAGCUAGCUAACUAACGUUAACGCGUGAUUUGGGCCACAUGAGCUUCUGAAGCUGGCGACUGCAAGUCAUAUCCGUUCCCUGGAAUUAUUAGUCACCCAUUCUCUUGAUAAUUAAAUUAGUUAUUUUCCCAUAUUAACGAAAACGAUGAAGAAGUUUUUUGAUUCUCGCCGCGAGCUGGUUAGCUCCGGGCCCGGUUCUGGAGCUGGUGGUGGAGGCAGUGGGUCCAGUAGCGGUGGCAGUUUCAUUGGACGGGUUUUCACUAUCGGGAGGUACCAAGUCACCGUGGAUGAAACUCUGGCUGAAGGGGGCUUCGCCAUCGUGUUCUUGGUGCGGACGCACCAGGGCGUCCGCUGCGCCCUCAAGAGGAUGUACGUCAACAACGAGCACGACCUGCAGGUGUGCAAGCGGGAGAUCCAGAUCAUGAGAGACUUGGUGGGCCACAAAAACAUCGUCGGCUUCCUGGACUCCAGCAUCACAGCAGUAGGAGUGGGGGACGUUUGGGAGGUCCUUAUCCUCAUGGACUUCUGCCGCGGUGGUCAGGUCGUGAACCUGAUGAACCAGCGGCUGCAGACGGGCUUCACAGAGGCAGAGGUGCUGCAGAUCUUCUGCGACACCUGCGAGGCCGUGGCCCGGCUUCACCAGUGCAAGACUCCCAUCAUCCACCGCGACCUCAAGGUGGAGAAUAUCCUGCUUCAUGACAGGGGACACUAUGUGCUGUGUGAUUUCGGCAGCGCCACCAACAAGUUCCAGAACCCACAGAACGAGGGGGUGCCGGUCGUGGAGGAGGAGAUCAAGAAGUACACCACCUUGUCAUAUCGUGCCCCAGAGAUGGUCAACCUCUACAGUGGAAAAGUCAUCACCACAAAGGCUGACAUCUGGGCCAUGGGCUGUCUCCUCUAUAAGCUGUGUUACUUCACUCUGCCGUUUGGAGAGAGCCAGGUGGCCAUCUGCGACGGCAGCUUCACCAUUCCGGACAACUCCCGCUACUCCCAGGACAUGCACUGCCUCAUCCGUUACAUGCUUGAGCCAGACCCCGACAAGAGACCAGACGUCUACCAGGUGUCAUACUUCGCCUUCAAACUGGCCCGUCGGGACUGUCCUGUCCAGAACACACAGAACUCUCCCAUUCCAGCAAAACUCCCUGAGCCAAUCAGAGCCAGCGAAGCUGUGGCAAAGAAGAGCCAGACCAAAGCCAGGCUCACGGACCCCAUUCCCACUACCGAAACGUCCAUCGCCCCUCGCCAGCGUCCCAAAGCUGGCCAAGCCCAGCCCAUCGCCGGCAUCUUGCCCAUCCAGCCCGCCCUCACCCCCCGCAAGAGGGCCAACAUGGCCGCUGGGGCCACCCAGCCAAUCAGUGUGAGCAUAGGAGCUACCCAACCUGCUGGGGUCAAUAUCCAAUCACAGAAGGCACAGGCUCCUCAGACUCCCGCUUCACAGCAACAAGCCACGCCCACUCAGCCGCAGGCUCCCGCCCAAGUCACGCCCCCUCAAUCGCAGGCCACGCCCCAGCACCAGCAGCUCUUCAUGAAGCAGCAGGCGGCCGCCUUCUUCACAGCCCAGCAGCAGCAGUACCAGGCCAAGCAACAAGCGGCGCAGCAGCAGCAGCAGCAGCAGCAGCAACACCAGCAGCAGCAGCAGAUGCAGACUAUCUACAAGCAGCAGCCAGCGCAGUCCCAGCAGGCACCUGCCGCGCAGCCGCAGCAGCCAAUCACGGCGGCCCAAGCGGCAGGGGGCGUGGCUGCGCAGCCCAAAGCUAAAGCGGUCACCUCGCUGCCCCAGCAGCCGGCCGUCCUCACAGGGGCUGCCCCCGCCCCCCAAAAAGCUGCGCCCGUGCCCGCCCAGCAGCAGCCCUGCCCCGCCCAGCCCAAAGUACCAGGUUCCGCCCAGCUGCCGCAGCCAAAGCAGCCCUCGGCAGGCCAGCCUGUGGCGUCUGCAGCUGCAGCUGGCCCUGAGCAGACGCCCAUGGCUCCAGCCCGCGGGAUCCACAAGGUGGGCUCCCUGACACCCCCUUCCUCUCCGAAGGCGGCACCACGUGGGGGUCACCGCCGCAUCCUGAGCGACGUCACCCACAGCGCCGUGUUCGGGGUCCCCGUCAGCAAAUCCACCCAGCUGCUGCAGGCCGCCGCGGCAGAGGCCAGCCUCAAUAAGUCCAAGUCAGCUAGUACCACCCCCUCUGGCUCCCCGUGCUCCUCCCAGCAGAGUGUGUACCAACCGGCUGAGACCAGCACCCCUGCUGCCCCUGCUAACGUGCGUAGCCCCCCGGACCAGCCCACCUGGAACCCCUUCGGCAACGACAACUUCUCCAAGCUCACCGCGGAGGAGCUGCUCAACAAGGACUUCGCCAAGCUAUCUGACAGCAAGGCGGCGGAAAGAGCGAGCACCUCCACAGAGAACCUCAUUCCAGGCCUGCAGCCGGCUCCAGCCACCAUGGCCUCUGGCAAGACAUUCCCCCAGCCCACGGCCGAGAGACCCGCUGACAUUCUGAGUCUGGACUCCGGUGCCACGCUGUUGAGUGUCCCGGACCCCUUCAACUCCCUGUCCCUCUCAGACACCCCAGAGAAGCUGAUUGAGGGGCUGAAGUCCCCCGAGACCUCUCUGCUGCUCCCUGACCUUUUACCCCUGACUGACCCCUUCGGCAGCUCCGCAGAGGGCUCCAGCAAUGCCGCAGGUAAAGUGGAGAUGGCGGUGGAUUCUCUGAUCCCGGGAUUGGAAGCCCCCCAGCCCCAGCGUCACGUGGCUCCGCCCGAUGCCACCUCAGCCAGCGUGUCAGACCCUCUUGCUGGUGAGGACUCGCUGCUGGGCUGCUCCCUGCUCUCUCACCCCUCCACCCCUGGGGCUCCCCCUGCCUCCACACCCCCCUCCUCCUCUUCAUCUGCCCCUGCCCCUGCCAGCUCUGCCUCCUGUCUGGACGAAUUUGCCCCUGUAUCACUGAGCGCAUCCCAGCAGCUACCGGACUCUGGUUACCUCAUCUCGGGCUUUGAGCACCCCGAGAGUGCAGAGAAGGGCACUGAGGACGAGUUUGACCCCAUCCCUGUGCUCAUCUCCAAAAACUCCAACCAAGCAGAUGUGCAGAGGGAGACCAACGGCUACAGUGUGCUGUGGGAGAGGAGUGAGGCCGAGUUCCCGGGAGCUGGCGGUAGCACGGCCCCAGGCUGCGUACACUCCAGCGAUGAGGAGGGGAAAGAGGAGGAAGAGCGAGGAGGAGGGACCAGCGACGAGGAGCGAGGGGCCUUAGACUGCAGCGGCUCCAGACCCCUGCUGCAGGAUUCGGAGGAGGAGGAGGAGCAGCAGCAGCAGCAGCAGCAGGGCCAGAUGGCUGGGCAGGAGCCGCAUCAACAGCCUUCUCAUCAGCCCUAUCACCUGCCCCUCGUCCACCCGCAACCUGCCCAGAUCCUGGCCCCUCCCCUGGCGUGCUCCUCCUCCUCGGAGCCCUCCAGGGAGCCAGAGCUCGUCCCGGACGUAUUCUCCAAAGCCCCCUUUCGGAUCGGCCGGGAAGAGGCGGACGACGUGUUCGCCAACGCACCCUUCCUACGCCCUCCUGUCCCAGCCCAGCAGCAGCCCGACAUCUUCCUUCAGGCCCCGUUUGGGAAGAAGGAGUCGGUCGGAGGUCUUCACCAAGCCCCCCCGCCCAGAAUGCAGCACCCUCUCCUCACCGCUGCUCGCCCGGCAGCCCCCGAGCAGGCCUUCCUGGGUCAGGUGGCCACGCGGCCCUUCCGCCCGCAGGCCCUGGCCAAAUACUCCCGGCACUUCGAGGCCCCCCUGCCCCAGCAGCCGGUGGCAGCCCACCGCGUGGUGUCCAACGUCAGCAGGCAGGCCGCCGUGGGCUCUGUCCCCGUCGGGCCCCUGCACUCCUGGACCUCGGAAGUGAGCGCCGUCGAUCCCUUCGUCUCUGCGCCCUUCCACCUCAAGGGCCCACAGGAGAAGCCUUGAAGCUGAGGGACGACGUUUCAUCACGGCAGACCUCUGCCUCCUCCCUUUCUCCCCCCCCCCCUGCAGGGCAGUGCCGGGCAGCUGGCCGUGGAGCUUGUCCCAUCAGUCACAGAGUGCGUUACACGAACGCAUCCUGUCAUCGGUAUCUGGGCUGGACUGUAGGACUGUAUGGCCAUCCUCAACCUAUGAAUUCACACAUCCUCUAAUUUAUAAACGGCUGAAGUCAAGUAAAUUAACCCCAGAAAUCGUAUCAGAAACCGAAGCCCUGCAGCCCACAUCAGCCUCGGUCACCAGGAUGUCGGUCGCCGUUGCAUCCUGCGGUGUCAAACUCCAGCCCUCCACGCACAGGCAUGGCCUUCUCGUUUUCGUUCUGCCUACCUCAUUCCACCGUUUCUCUGUCUGAGCUAAUGCGAUGUUCAAUUAGUCUGCUUUUGCUCCGGCUCUUAGGCCAGUAAGGGCUCAGCCAGGCUAUUCCAUGCUGUACUGCCGUUUCUCUGCAGCAUGCGAAAUUGUGCAACACCGCCAUUCUUUUGUGUGAAACAGAGUGUGAACAGUGACCAGGAGGAGGUUCCCAUGUUCCUUGAGGAAUGGAGUUUGACACCCGCGUAUGACUCAAACAGGGAGGAAGUUUAAUCCAAAAUCAUUCCACCUAUAGUUCUAUUUCCCUUGUGGGUCCAGUCAUAAAGAAGACCCUGAGUUGACACUCAUUUGUGCAGUACAAUCUGUGAACAUCUGAUGUUUAAGGAGGUGAGGCAGGCAUUGUCAUCAGCAACACUACCCCUCCUUAUUUGCGUUUUCUUGCAGUUUUACAAACAUGACUUCCCAUUAUGUUGAGUGUCAGAUCCCACUUGGAAAGUUCUGCUGAUGUUUCCUGGAAUGUCUCUUGAACUUGUUUGAACAUGUGUCUGUAAACUGUUUGGUUUUGACAAUAUUUUAAUGCCUUGCUAAUGGUUUACUUAUAUUUUACACCGUGUUGGUUAAAUGCACAUACCUGACUAACAUUCAUCAAAUGCUGGAUAGUGUUGCAUAUACACAUCAAACCGUAGUAGUUUAUGCAAGGUGGAGACUUAACAAUUUGAGUUUGGCACAGAUUUCCUUGCAAACGAAGGAUGACAUUCAACUCAAACAAUCUGAUGAUAGUGUUUGCCCCGUCCCAGUUGCCCCCCCCCCCCCCAUGAGUGUUUAAGUCAAUACCAGUGGCACAGGGAGGGAUAAGUAUGGGGGGAAGGACCUCAGAGAUCUCAUGACUCAACAAUCAUACGGUAUUGUGUGCCUAGACUUACUGUGUACCAGCCCGGUAUUGUAAAGUCUGCACCUCAAAUUAUUUGUGGUGUUGGCCACUCUUUUAGGUGUAAGCUUGAACAGGCUGUCCAGGAGUGGCAGAUGAAAUGGUAGGCAGCCUUUACUCCAUAAUGAGGUAAAUUCCAGCAUCAGUGGUUACUUUUCAAUCAGAAACAGAUUUACGCCUGGUACACUUGGUGAGGUGCCUUCUGAUCCAAAUGAUGACUUGAAUUUACACAAGUAGGAGCUAGACCAAAUGCCAGCAGACCCCACAGGCCUUGAGGAACAGUCACUCAGCACUCGUUUUACGUUACCAAACACCUUCCCUUCCAGCACAUUCACUCCAUGUCAUUCCUGUGCGGAGCCUUGCCGGGUCUGCACAAACCAGUCUCGCACUACACUUCUUGUCUGGCCUCCUUGGCACUUUCCCCACUGCAAAAGAAUUCAUGCUGUGACGACAUUUUCCUGUGCAUCACAGGGUCCUCACGCACUUUGCGAAUGUCCGAUGCCCCCAUUUCCCUCAACACACUACAAGGUGGCAGUGAGCACACUGAGGGAGCUCCUGGUUGCUGGACCCAAUACAGAAGGUCUCUGUGCUGUACAGGGGCAGUGUAAAAACAAGGGAUUGUUUUGAAUGUCUUGGUUUGCAGUGGGACUGAAGGCCCCUUUGCACGCCUUUGACAUCGUCUCCUGAUCUUUUUUUGUUUCUCUGCAAAUUGAUUUGCACACAGCAUCGAUGAAGACACCGUGCUACAACAGAUGAUAUGCGUUCAAGUGUGUUACAAUCACAUGACACAGUAGCGUGUGAUGAAAGUGUUUACCCCAGUUUGUAAGUUUGUGUUUUUAAGUUUGUUAACUUGUAUUCAAAAUUGUAUAUCGUUACACUUAAUGUUUUAUUUCUGUAUGUUUGUGUAAAACCAGGCUCUGUUGAAUAGGAAGAGGGUGAUGGUUGAAAAUUUCACAACCGGUCUCCUCUGCUGAAAUCUGAAGGCACUCAUCUCAAAAUACUUGAGUAAUCCAAAGCACUUGUUAAAUACUGUCAUGACAAGCUGUGUACCAUCAAAUAAGAAAAAUAAAUGAAU